AUGGCUGCAAAUGACAGUGAAUUGCAGAAUGAAAGGGCUCAGCAAAAAGGCGUGUUUCAACUACAAUCUCAGGAUGCUCUACUAGCCCAAAACAAGAUAAUGACCCAACAGCUUGAAGCGCUCAUGAACAAACUCUCUCAAUUGCCAAAAGAACUCCAGAAUGUUUCACAAGCCCAACAUCAAGGGUGUGAGUUGUGUGGUGGAGAACAUGCUAAUGGUCAUUGUGCUAUGCAGGUCAAUACCCAAGAAGACGUGAACUAUAUGGGUAAUCAAAACCGUAACAAUCAAUAUAAUCAAGGAUGGAGACCGCACCCAAGCAUGGGCCAAGGACAAGCUGGACCUUCAAACAGACCACCUCAACAACAAUACCAACCACACCCCUCUCUAUCAGACAGGACCUCUAAAUUGGAGGACACUCUUCAACAAUUCAUGCAAGUAUCCAUCUCCAACCACAAAAGCACGGAAGCAUCCAUAAGGAAUUUGGAGAUACAAGUUGGCCAACUGACCAAGAAGCUAGAAGAAAAACCUGAUAAGAGUUUUGGAGCUAAUACUGAAACCAACCCAAAGGAGGAGUGCAAGGCAAUCACUACAAGAAGUGAAGCACUACAGCAAAUGCCGGCCUAUGCAAAAUUCAUGAAGGAACUCCUCACUAAAAAGAGGAAAUACAUUGAGGAAGAGACCAUUGAAGUUCAAGAUGAUUUUAAACCAGCAACUCAACCUCAAAGAAGGCUAAAUCCAGUCAUGAAAGAGGAGGUGAGAAAAGAGGUUCUCAAGCUUCUUGAGGCAGGGAUCAUUUAUCCUAUCUCUGAUAGCACAUGGGUAAGUCCUGUGCAAGUGGUCCCGAAGAAGGGCGGCAUGACAGUUAUAUGUAAUGAGAAAAAUGAGCUUAUACCUACACGAACUGUCACUGGUUGGAGAAUGUGCAUUGACUACCGGAAGUUAAAUAAGGCCACAAGAAAAGACCAUUUUCCACUCCCCUUUAUGGAUCAAAUGCUGGAGAGAUUAGCAGGGCAAGCUUUCUACUGUUUUUUGGACGGUUAUUCUAGCUAUAAUCAAAUAGCUGUCGAUCCAAAAGAUCAAGAAAAGACCGCAUUCACGUGUCCCUUCGGUAUAUUUGCUUAUAGAAAGAUGCCUUUUGGGCUUUGCAACGCCCCUGCCACCUUUCAAAGAUGCAUGCAAGCUAUAUUCUCCGAUCUUGUGGAGAAAUGUAUAGAAGUCUUCAUGGACGACUUCUCAGUGUUUGGAAGCUCAUUUGACUUAUGUUUGGCCAAUUUGGAAACAGUUUUGAAGAGAUGCAUCCAAACCAACCUCAUUCUUAACUGGGAGAAAUGUCACUUCAUGGUGACGGAAGGGAUUGUUUUGGGGCAUAAAAUUUCUUCCAAAGGAAUUGAAGUGGACAUAGCUAAAGUGGAAGUCAUUGAAAAGCUUCCACCACCAACUAAUGUGAAAGGAAUUCGAAGCUUUCUUGGGCAUGCUGGCUUUUAUAGAAGAUUCAUUCAAGAUUUCUCCAAGAUUGCUAAGCCCUUAAGCAAUCUCCUUGUAAAAGAUACACCAUUUGAACUGAAUGAGGAAUGCUUGAAAGCAUUUGAAGCAUUGAAAGCCAAGCUAAUUUCCGCUCCGGUGAUCAUAUCUCCUGAUUGGAACAAAGAUUUUGAAUUAAUGUGUGAUGCUAGUGACUAUGCUAUUGGUGCAGUGCUUGGACAGAGAAGAGAUAAAGUGUUCCACACAAUCUAUUAUGCAAGCAAAGUCUUGAAUGGAGCACAACUAAAUUAUGCAACCACAGAAAAGGAGUUUCUUGCCAUAGUGUAUGCAUUAGAGAAAUUUAGGCCCUACCUCAUUGGGUCUAAGGUGAUAAUAUACACUGAUCAUGCUGCCAUCAAGUACUUGCUCACCAAACCUGAUUCCAAACCGCGCUUGAUCAGAUGGGUGCUCUUACUACAAGAGUUUGACGUGCACAUUCAUGAUAAGAAAGGCAGUGAAAAUGUAAUUGCUGAUCAUCUGUCCCGGCUCAUCAAUGAUGAAGUUACAAGUAAAGAAGAAGAGAUCCGGGAAUCCUUUUCUGAUGAAACUCUCUUGCACAUCCAACAAAGGCCCUGGUUUGCUGACAUAGCUAAUUUCAAAGCUGCGGGAAUCCUUCCAGAUGAUCUUUCAUGGCAACAAAAGAAGAAAUUCUUAAAUGAUGCUAAGCAGUUUGUUUGGGAUGACCCCUAUUUAUUCAAACUAGGAGCUGACAAUCUCUUGAGGCGGUGUGUUACUGAAGAAGAAACCAAUGGGCAAGCGGAAGUAUCAAAUAGAGAAAUCAAGAGGAUUCUGGAGAAAACUGUUUCUUCUUCCAGGAAGGAUUGGUCAUUAAAGCUGGAUGAUGCUCUGUGGGCCUACAGGACUGCAAUGAAAACACCUGUUGGGAUGACUCCCUUUCAACUAGUCUAUGGCAAAUCUUGUCAUUUACCGGUGGAGAUGGAGCACAAAGCUUAUUGGGCCCUGAAGUUCUUGAACUUUGAUUCUACCUUGUCUGCAGAAAAGAGGAAGUUGCAAUUACAGGAGUUGGAAGAAAUGAGAUUGACAGCUUAUGAUAACUCCAAGAAUUACAAAGAGAAGGUUAAGUUGUAUCAUGACAAAAAGCUCUUAAAGAGAGAGUUUCAACCUGGCCAACAAGUUUUACUCUUCAAUUCCAGAUUUAAGAUUCUUCAAGGCAAAUUGAAAUCAAAGUGGUCUGGACCGUUCAUCAUAAAGGAGGUAAAGCCCCAUGGGGCUAUUGAGUUGGUUAACCCUGCAGCAGAUGAUCCAAACAGAAGUUGGGUGGUAAAUGGACAGAGGCUGAAACAGUACCUAGGCGGUGAGAUUCAGCGUCUCACAACAAUCAUUCAUCUCUCAGAUCCAUGA